CAUUACCACUCACAGCAACUUUCCUCCAUCUGGUGAACUGUUAGAUGGGGAUUAUUGGAAACUGCAGUCCAAGAGAACCGGAGGGCACCAGAAUGAGAAAAGUUGUGUCACACCAGUGAUUUACAACAAUGCAUCACUGCCCUGCCUGAACCAACAUACAAAAGGGUGUGUUUUAAAAUAAAGUUUCGCCGGUGGCCCGUUAAAUACAGCGGCUCCUUUCCAUCGGCCGGCCCGGUUGUUACUGGUUCUUCAGAUAACUUCGCCAGAAGCCUCCCUUUGUCUCCGGCGGGGUCGCAAGGAGGGCGGGAAGAGGGGGGGAAAUCGACGCUUUGAGUGUUGGCUUCUCCAAGAGAGCGCCCUGCUAAGUGAGAAGCCAGACGGCCUUACCCCGGCUGUCUCCUCGUACCCUUACCCCGGCCGCUCCCGAAAGUCCCGGUUUGCCCUUUUGCAAAUAGAGGUGGACUUUGGGCUGAAAAGCACCAACGACGAGCGUCAGCCUGCAACGCUUUUUCCCCUCUUGCCCGCGCGGAGCGAGAAGAGGCGGGGGGAAGCAAACAGAAAGUGGGGAGAACUUCACGGCAACCCGAUAGUAAUACUAGCCAAGUCCCUGUUCUCAUGACCAACUUGGUCCCUCCAAGCGCUCUGCACGCCUUCCACUCUCCUCUCCGCUCCAGUGUGCCUGUAGGGCUUCCCCACCCUCUGUUCCGGUUGCUGCCAUAGUGAUGCGUGGAAGCAGAUUAGCCUCCGCUACCCAGGGGAGGGGAAAAGACGACGCCUCAGCAGCAGCAGCAGCAGCGAGAGAGGGAGGCAUGAGAAGGCUGCUGCUGCUGCUCCUUGUCUUCUUCCUCCUGCGCCCAUGUAGAAGCGUUUAGGGGACCCCCGCCGGGCGAUUGCUUCUUUCCAGUCCGAUGCGGAUCUGGUGCUCGGCGCAUGCAGACGUUCCGUUCCCUUUUCCAGGCAGUGCAGACUACCGAAGAGCUGAAUUCAUUGAAAAUAUCUAUGAACAAGGAGCUUGAAAAAUGUACAGGUUAACAAAGGCUUCAGCAUGGAGGAGAUGAAAAUCAAGAAAACAUGAACUAUGACGCCUAAUGUUCUUGUACAAAAACUGAAAACAUGACAACUUGGCAGAAUGGCUUGGGAAAUGCCACCUCUGUUAUCUGUAUAGUAAUGGAUAAUAAAGAAUCAGGGAGCAAUACUACCUCAUUAUGUCAUAAUGGGGGGAUCAGCACAAAUAACAAAAAUGGAAAUAACAAUCAGGAUGAUAAAACCAGUCCUUCCAAAAUAAUGCAUUUUUUCCCCACUCCUCGGAAGAGAUCCAGCUCCAAUGUAGAACGACCUCGUUCAGUUAUAGUUAUGGGGAACUCGUCAACAUGGAAUGCUUUGUCUUCCCUUAAAAAAAUGGGAUCUUUUAAAAAGUUAAAAUCAUCAGUUCUCCAAGGAAUUCCAGCCAAAGAGGAUCCAGAUAGCUUAAAGGAUAACCUGCCAGAGAACAAAAUCAGGAAAUACAUUCCUAACAAUACAACAGUGAGAGUUCAGACAAACAGGUAUUCUUAUUCAGAACCUUUACAUGACUUGCACAGCGCCAAUGAUAUCACGGUGGUUUCUGAUAAUUCUGAUGGAGAGGAAGAUUCCUUCCUGAGGAACACUCAUCGAUCACGCAGCAUCAGACGUGCUUAUGCAACUGGCCGUAUAAAUUUAUUAGAUGGUAAUAGAACCCAGGACCCACAGAGCAAUACUAAAAUAGUCUCCCCUGUCAUGCAGGAAUCCCAGAUUUGUGAAAUUGUAGGAAAAGAUCCAGAAUGUCCCAAAGUGAUCUAUAGGAGGAGUAAGAGCAGUGAUAACCUGAAUUUUCUCAAAAAGAGUUCAUUCAAAAGGAAGUCAACCUCAAACCUCACUGACCUGAAAGCUGUAAACGAAAAGCAUUUGCCAAGAACCACGAGUAUUUCGUCAACUGACUCAGACAAAACCAACAGGAACUCGGAGCGGAAAUCAAAACGUUGGAAGAGCCCAAUUAGAGCAAGGGAUUUUGACAGAGUUUUGAAACUUGUCAGUAACGUAACUGAUGGUGCUUUGAAGAAGGACUGUCCUAGGCCUGAUAUUUCUUCCCCUGGUGAACAGAACCAAAAGACAAGACCAAACAGCAGGCUCCAUGAGGACUAUUCCCGCAGGGUUUCCAGCAGCACUGAGAACGAUUGGCAGAAGUGUUUGUCAUCCCGGCGUCACCCAGCCUCAGUUCCUUCCAGGUACAGCACCCAGUGCUCCGAGGAUGACUCUGCUGGAUCACCAUCUCCAUUAAAUGUUGAUGCUACUGGCUGUAGGAUGUCAUCCUGUAAUCUUUCAAACUUGGUUUGUUCACCACCUCCACUUCAGAACCCUGGGUCAAUUCCUGAUGAAGUUUUCCAUGAAGAUUUUGAUGGAUCAAAAAAUUCCAGCCUAUUUACAUACAGCACUGAGCCCCCCAACCAUCCUGCUAGACCCACUGUUCCCAAGCCUCAGAGUCUUAAUGCUGAAAGCAUCAAGUGCAGUAUGGAUGUCCAUUGUCCAGACCGGUACAGUACCCUGUCGCUCAGCUCAGUGGAAAGUGAGGGAAGAGGGGAGGGGUCGUCUGCCAAGUUGGGGAAGAGGAGUCCUGUUUGCUUCCAGGAUUCUGUGCAAGCCGUGUAUUAUGACGAUACAAAUGAAGACAGUGGCAUCAGCAGCCAUUCUCAGCUGAGUCUCAACUUAGCUAUGAGUGCUGAUGAAAAGAAGGAAGAGGUAAGAAGGAAAGUUGUUACUGAUGAUCACUGGAAGAAGUUUCCAUUCCAAGAUGAAGAAAAAACAGAUGCUCAAAAAGUCCCAACUAGAAGAUGGAGUUCUGGAAAAAGAUCUCGGCCUCGGCCCCUCUCAGAUUAUGGCCAAUUGGCAAUUAGAAGUUUUUCCAUUCCAGAAGAUUCUGUUGCUAUGGAUUCCCAGGAAAUGGACUCUUUGGAGAAUGACAGUGAGACCAAGCCUCCCCCUGUUAAAUCAGGAACUUGUGCAGUAACCAACCCAAAAGGCGACAGAAGACGACCCAUCUCUGUCAUUGGUGCAGUCAGUUACUAUGAGAAUAACCAAACAGAAGAAAUAACUGCUCUCCUUGCACAACCUGUGGCACGGCCUCCGGUACCAGCACAUCAGGUUCCCCCCUACAAAGCUGUCUCAGCCAGAUUCCGCCCCUUCACCUUUUCUCAAAGCACUCCCAUUGGUCUGGAUAAAGUUGGGUGUAAGCGUCACAUGAGAGCAUCCAAUGGUGCUGCAGAUGGUACCUCUGAAUCUCCAGCUUUAGUGGAUGAUAAUGGCAGUGAAGAGGAUUACGGCUAUGAAGAACUCUGCCAUGCCCACCCAAGGUACUUGCAGCCUGGAGGCGAGCAGCUAGCUGUCAGUGAGCUGAUAAGUGAUGGAAAUGUGGUCUGUGCCGAGGCUCUCUGGGAUCACGUGACCAUGGAUGAUCAGGAAUUAGCCUUCAAAGCUGGAGAAGUCAUCCAAGUCCUUGAAGCUUCCAAUAAAGAUUGGUGGUGGGGAAGAAAUGAAGACAAGGAAGCUUGGUUUCCAGCCAGUUUUGUCAGACUACGAGUCAAUCAAGAAGAACCUGAAGAAUAUUCUAGUGGCCUCCAAAAUGAAGAGCCAAAUAUAGAUCCUGAAAAGCAUCGCCAAAAAAUAGCAGAAAACAAAGAUCAGAUGAGAACCAAUGUAAUUCAGGAAAUAAUGAACACAGAGAAGAUUUAUAUCAAACAUCUGAAAGACAUCUGUGAGGGAUACAUUCGGCAAUGUCGCAAACAUACCGGAAUGUUCACAUCGGCCCAGCUAAGCACCAUAUUUGGAAAUAUUGAAGAUAUUUACAAAUUCCAAAGAAAAUUUUUGAAAGAUCUAGAAAAGCAGUACAACAAAGAAGAGCCCCACUUAAGUGAAAUAGGAUCCUGCUUUCUUCAGCAUCAAGAAGGAUUUGCAAUCUAUUCUGAGUAUUGUAACAAUCACCCUGGAGCCUGCCUUGAGCUUUCCAACCUGAUGAAGCAGAGCAAAUAUCGCCAUUUUUUUGAAGCUUGUCGCCUCCUUCAGCAAAUGAUUGACAUUGCCAUUGAUGGUUUCCUUCUCACUCCUGUUCAGAAAAUCUGUAAAUAUCCCUUGCAGCUUGCUGAAUUAUUGAAGUACACCACUCAGGAUCAUAGUGACUAUAACAAUAUCAAGGCAGCACACGAAACCAUGAAGAACGUAGCUUGCCUCAUCAAUGAACGCAAACGAAGGCUAGAAAGUAUAGACAAGAUUGCUCGCUGGCAAGUCUCCAUUGUCAGUUGGGAGGGGCAAGACAUCUUAGGCAAAAGCUCUGAAUUAAUCCACUCAGGGGAAUUGACCAAAAUCUCCAAACAAGGCAAAAGUCAGCAAAGAACAUUCUUUCUUUUUGACCAUCAGCUUGUGUUCUGUAAGAAGGAUUUAUUGAGAAGGGACAUGUUGUAUUACAAAGGCCGGAUGGACAUGGACGAAAUGGAGGUGGUAGAUGUUGAGGAUGGCAAAGACAAAGACUUUAAUAUCUCCGUAAAAAAUGCUUUCAAAAUUGUAAAUAAUGCUACAGAAGAAGUUCACCUAUUUUGUGGGAAAAAGCCAGGUGAUAAAAAAAAGUGGCUGGAGGCUUGUAUAAAUGAGAGGAGACGAGUGCAAGAAGACAAAGAAAUGGGAAUGGAAAUCUCAGAAAACCAAAAGAAGCAAGCAAUGCAAAAUGCACGGAAGUCAAGAAAUGGAAAAAUGAAAGGUGUCAGUUAUAAUGGAUGCCCAGUGCCACCGCCACACCAGAGUUUGCAUCCUAUCCAUCAGCGUCAUGUUACAGUGCCCACUAGUAUUCCACAGCAGCAGGUGUUUGCCCUAGCAGAACCAAAGCGGAAACCAUCCCUUUUCUGGCACACUUUUAACAAACUGACACCAUUUAAGAAAUGAACAGCCCAACAUCCAUGACCUGAGAGGCCAUCUGGAAAAAGGGAACAAUUUACCAGCAAAGCUUUUGUUGGUCCAGCUGGAAAAUCUGGAUUCUGCCCUGGAUAGAAGAUAUGGGUUGAUUUCUGAUUUUCCACCAAAACCUUCAUUGAGCAACAUGAAGAAGACAUGGUUUAUUGAAGGAGAUAGUGAAUGAUCUGAAAUGGAUGUGGUCCUGAAUCAAUAAACAGACUGAUAGGAGAGUUACCAUUUGACCACAGUAGCAAAUUGCUGCUAUCUCAGAAAAGGGCAUGUGCAUAAGUCAUCCUUGUACCAAAGGAAUGGUUCAAAACUUUUAAGUCAUUUUGACAGGCUUAAUAGUGAAUGGAUUGACCAAAUUUAAAAACAGGAAGGAUAGUUUCUCUGCCUUUGUGCAGAAUUUGGCAAAGGGUGGUCUCAUCCUUCCUAUAGCUCUUACAUCAUCAAGUUGUUGGUACUGACAAAACUGCUUAGUUAUUCCUAUUUGUCUUUGUUUGCUGUGUUGUUCUGUUAAGUGAGACUUAGACUUCCUCCAGGACACAUUCAUGGCAAAAGGAAGAAAAUGUGAACUCGAUAUCAUAAAUAUAUGAACAUGUAUUUUUAUAUGAAGAAAGUCCCCCUUGGACUCAGGGUGGAAUCUUACCAAAACCGGUAUUUUGCUGUAUAUAGUAUCUGAUCGUCAAGAAAUGGAUUUCAUUUUGUUAUCUCUGCUCUUGAGUCCAUGAAAAUUACAUCAUUGGUUUCCGGUAUGCCUGCUUGUACUUUAUGAAAAAUUGGAAGUGUUUUUUUUAUUUUAGGAGUGUUUUAAAUGGCCUCAGUGUGGCUAUACAAAAAUAAGGAUAUGAAAAAGGAACCUGAGAGAGUUUUUACUCAAUCCCAUAAAUAUAUUCAUUCCAUCUGGUUUGCAGGUUUCUGACAAAAAUAACUUUAAACAAGUUCCAACAUGAUCUUUUUAUGUGGUUGCUCUUAUGUGCAUCAGACAAACCAGAAAAGGCUUAGGAAUUAUUUGUUUGGCAUUCUGUUAAGAGUAUCCAACACUAGGACCAUCUGGUGACAUUAGAAAUGAAUUUUGAUUAAACGUGAUUAGAAACAUGGCCUAUUUAUAGACUAUUAAAAUGAUAUGUCCUUGUUUUGAUUUGGUUUGUUCUCUUCUGUGAAAUGAAAUUGAUUUUUAACACGGGGUUUCUAAAAAUACCCUCCCUCGGGACAACUGCCAUAAAUUAGGGUUUAUGGCAUGCUAUUGGUCACCCUCUUACAUUGCUAAUGCUUAUAGUAAAACACUGGAUAUUGAAAAUCCUAAGCUAUAAUGGGUGUGUUCAAUUUAAUCUGUUACAGUAACACAGCCUCUGCAGUUUGUAAGUCAUGGCUCAGUUUGUAAACCAUGACUCAAUAAACCAUGGUUAACAAAACUAGCUCAGAGUAUUUCAUAAACAACUUAUGACAGCGAAAACAAAUUCAGGGAUUUUUAUAUUAUUUUUGUUACAAAGCCUUUCCUAGAUAGGUUGGACUAUAAUUUCUUAGCCAGCUUGACCCAAAAGAAAGGCUAAACUGUAUGAAGUGCUAUGGCUUCAACUAGAUAAGGUAAAAUGUAAAACAUGUAUAUGAGUCAUUCCUCAAUAGAAAUUUAGAAAGUAAACCAUUUUGAUUUCAUCGGAACUUAUUUUUGAGCAGAUAUAGCUAGGAGAGGUUGCCAUCCAGCUAAACUGCAACACUUUUCAGACAUGCUUCAGUAUUAAAGAUUGAACUUAGGGAGAUUCAGUAGUUCCAAAGUUUGACUUCAUUGUGCCGUGGUAUAUACAUAUAGGAGGCACAGUGGCUCAGCGGUUAAAGAUGUUGAGCUUGUCAGCUGGAAAGCUAACAGCCCAGGUUUGAGACCCGAGUGCCGUGUGGCAGGGUGAGCUCCUGUUACUCCAGCUCCUGCCGAUCUUGCAGUUCGAAAGCCUGCAAAUGUAAGUAGAUAAAUAGGUACCACUUCAGUGGGAAGGUAACAGUGUUUCAUGUGCCUCGGUAUAUAGUCAUGCUGGCUAUAUGACCACAGAAAUGUCUUCGGACAAUGCUGGCUCCUUUGACCAAGAAACGGAGAUGAGCGCCGUGCCCUAGAGUCGGACCCAACUGGACAAUUACCUUUAUGUACAUACAGGCACACACAUAUGGUAUUAUAAUGAUUUUUAACGAUUGGCAGCUUCAGCAAUAGACAAUAAAAACCCUCUGAUAUAAUGAAAAUGCUAACGAAAGAUGCAUCCUGAUUAGCUCUGACUGAUUUUAUGAAUAGAUUGAAAGGAAUUGGUGCAUCUUCAUUUUUAAUACACAUUGAAAUGUCUUUACUAACAAGAAUGUUUAAAUAUGAACAGAUAGUUUUAAUAACAAGGAUGCUACAUAUGCCUCAGUACAUAGCAUAACAUAUCCUUCAAAACAGCCCUUCGUCCCCUUCAGGUAUGCUGGAUUUUGAGUCUAAUUCAAAAAUAGCAGUGGAACUGGAUUAGAGAAACUGAAAUCUUAAUUCACCUGCAAAACACUCUGCUGGGGGGACGAUACCUAAAAAUAGUUUUCAUGUUCAAUUGUUCAUUGUGUGUUCAUACUUGCUUUUGAUAUCCGCCUUCCCCCCCCCUAUUAAUUUUAAAAAAAUGCAGUAGUGAUCUCCAGUUCAUUAUCUUCUUAGUUGACUAUUUGGUUUGAACAGCCAUAGGUUUUGCAAGAAUAACUACUGAAUGAGUGCACAAGCUGAAAUGGUUAUGGAAGGCAAUUUGAAUUUGUCUUGUAUCAUUCAGAAUAACAGAGUUGGAAGGGACCGUGGAGGUCUUCCUCAAGCAGGAAACCCUAGACCAUCUCAAACAAAUAGCUGUCCAAACUCUUUUUAAAAACCUCCAAUGUUGGGGCACCCACAACUUCUGAAGGGAAGCAUUCCAUUGAUUAAUUGUCCCUGCUGUCUGGAAAGUUCUCAUUAGUUCUAGGUUGGUUCUCCCCUUAAUUAGUUUCCAUCCAUCUUGGCCAGCUAGAUCCACCUUCUGUUCAAUGCAUGAGCUCCAAGAACACUUUUGACUGAUGGCUGUCCAACUGCAGUCUGGAAACCCCAGUGAAGGGGAACAUGCCUAAUGAGAAAUUGUAUCCCCCUUUGUCACAUAUAAACUAUCUUAAUAACUUGGCAUGCUCUCUUAAAAUGAAAACUUUUUAAAAUUUGAAAAAUUCAUAUUUUUAAAAUGUGCCCCUAAAAUUGUGUCUAAUAAUUGGGACUUGUAACAAAAGACUAUAGUAUAUUUUAGAUGGCUGACCAAACAUUUCUGAUUUGAGGCUCGCUAUGCUAAAAUAAUUUUUGAGGACAUGUGGAUUUUUUAUCAUUUUGGCAGGUUGAAAAUUGGGCAAAAGUUUUCUUAAUAGAUGCAUUAAGCAUGUUGGAAGUUUUAUAUAUCUACUUCCUUUUAUUUACCACCAAAUAUCAAAAAGUCGCAGAAUUUUACUUAUGGUUUGCAGCCAUAAGUAAACUUCAGUACUCUUAAUUUUUAGAAUACGAGGCAUAGGUUUUCUACCUCUAAUCAUAAUAUCAAAAUAGCCAUAUUUUUCUCCAGGAAGACCUCCUUCUCCCCUUCUCACUUUUUCAUAUUUCCACCCCAGAAAGAUCUGUUAAACAUGCUUUAAGUCUUCUUUACACUGUUUAGAUCAGGGGUGUCAAACUGGCGGCCUGUGGGCCAGAUACAUCAUGCGCAGGCCACACCCACCCCAGCUCCGCAAAGGCAAAAAAA